AUGUCAAGAAUUGUGGCUAAUUGUUUAUGUAAACAAAGAGAAGAAGAUGCUGAAUCUGCCAGAAAAGAACAUCAGAAGCUGGCAGAAAUCAAUAAGACAAUGAAGGAAGAAUUUAUGCAAAUUAAAGAUGAGUUGAAUGCUGAACGCAAACGGAUCACUGAUUUAGAUUUAGAAAAAGUUCGUUUUGUGGACGAAAGUAAAAAAUUAAAAAGUGAGAACGAACAACUUCAGAGUGAAGUUCGUUCUUUGAGAAUGGAGCUGGUAGAACAAGCUGAACUGAUGGAAUCGAAGCAAAAGUUGAGGGAAUUGACAGCAGAAAAUGCACGUUUAGCGGGUCAAGUAUUGCAAGAACGUAAUCGAAUAAAUGAAGAACUGAAUAUACACAAGGAAGAACUUGCGCAGUUUUACGAUGAACAAAUUGAAUUGUUGAAAAGUAAAGAAAAAGUAGUCCAAGAAGAAAAUGAAGAAUUGAAAAAGUUAAAGGAAAAUUUGGAGGGAAAACUGUCUGAACGUGAAAACGAUUUGAAGUUAGCAUUUGACAGUGAAAUGACAAUAUUAAAAAAUGACUUGAUAAAUAUUCGCAAAGAAAACGUGGAAUUAAAAAAUGAAAACGUACGAAUAAUGGAUGAGUCAAAAAAGAUGUUUGAAACGAAAGAACGCGAAAAAAGAUUCUAUGAAGAAAUGCAAGAAGAAGCUACCAACAGCAACAAAGUAUUGCUAGAGAAACUUGAAGAUACUGAAAAAAAAUUGAAAGAAUUAGAAAGCAUGAUGUUGAGGUUACAAGCUAACCAGAAUGCUCCCACACCUCCACCUCGAAAAAGUACUGCAAAGGGAGCAACUGAUGUUGACGAAUCACAAACACUUUUGGCAGAUGAAAAUAAAAAAUUGAAGAAUGAUCUUGAAAUGUAA